GCAUCUCGAUCAUAAAGCCAAACAACAACAAGCUUUGCUAAAACUUCUACUAAAACAUAACAAUCUGUCAGUUAAAGAAAGUAGAAACACAGAGAGAAUAGGUUCAAGCAAUCUUCAAUUUGGGCCCAACACAGACACAAUACAGAUGAUAAUGUGAAGUUGAAGAGUGUGACACGUGAGCAAAUGUGUUCUCACACGCGUAAGCUCGCUAGUCAGCCGCCUAUCACGUGUCCAUCUUUCAACCCUCGACCACUCCCGCUUUUAAGGUAGUUCUUUCUUCUAGACAAAGCAAUUUCUCAAAACCUAAUGGAGAAGAAGAAGAAUAAAAGCGAUGAAUCAAAGCCGCCAUUGAUGGCGUUAAACCAUGUAUCAAGACUUUGCAGAGACGUCAAAAAGUCUCUCGAGUUCUACACGAAAGUGUUGGGGUUCGUGGAGACAGAGCGUCCCGCGUCCCUAGACUUCGACGGUGCGUGGCUAUUCAACUACGGUGUUGGGAUCCAUUUGGUGCAGGCUAAAGACGAAGAAAAGCUACCUUCAAACACGGAGCAUUUAGACCCAAUGGAUAACCACAUCUCGUUCCAGUGCGAAGACAUGGAAGCUUUGGAGAAGAGGCUCAAGGAAGUGGAUGUGAAGUACAUCAAGAGGACGGUAGGUGAGCAGGAAGACGCGGCUAUCGACCAGCUCUUCUUUAAUGAUCCCGAUGGUUUCAUGGUCGAGAUUUGUAACUGCGAGAAUCUUGAGCUUAAACCGCGUGAUUCAGCUGAUGCUAUACGUCUCCCGGGAGAUCGGCACGCGCCUCCUGUUUCUCUCCCUGGCUAGUCGGACCAUGCAGAUGAUACUAGGCUCCCUCAGACCAAUUCUUAAUACUACUUGGACUCCUUUUGUUUUGUACUUGUUCCUGUUUUUGUCCCAAGUUACUGCUUUCUUAGUUAAUGUCGUGACCGUUAGAAACCGUGUUUGAGUUUUUGCUAUUUCUUCAAACCCUGAACUGGCAGGAAUGAGAAUCAAAACAAGAAAUUAUCACAGGCUAGCAAAUAUCAACUACCAUUUCUUAGUUAAUGUCGUGACCGUUAGUAUCAAUGAACCAAGACACAAACAUAAACAAUAAGCAUAACCUCAAGUGUAAGCCAGAACCCAGAGCUUUUAACCCUAUUCCUAACAGUGAGCGUUUGAAAGAUUAAAAGUAAUUUCAGAGAUACUGGGGAAUUCCACAGGCUCAUCGACUGUUGUCACACCUUUCCUUGAAAGAUGUUGGACUAGUACGCAAGCACGGUAAAGAUCAUACCCUUCCAAUUAUUUUCAGCCUGGCUUUUGUGCUGAUAUCAUGAUGGAGCCACCAUAUAGCUUAGAUUCAAGAUUGUUAUUUGCUUCACUUUUCUUGAAGCUUGUUUCUAAUUUUAUUUGACUGUUUACGGCAUGCUCGAAUAUUGAUCCUCAUUAACCUGCCAAUUAUAAAUCAAAUCUAACACAAAACAAAUGGGAGGAACUGUCACAGCAAUCAUUAAGCCAAACAACCAAUAACAAACCAAAAGAUAUUCUUCAGUAAGCACAACAACACUCUGCUCAAGAAAAGUAGA